AUAACCUUCUUCCAAAUCGAGUUAGGGUUUUGUAAAAAAACCGUAAACCCUCCUUCAAUCACGACUGUAAAUCCUCUACCGGCGGACAAUGGCGGACGCCAUUUGUAGAGUCCUCCGCGACGGAGCAUUAGAAGGCGAACACGCAACGUCUCUCACCAUAAACGAUUCUGUUGAUUCACCGUUCGGUCCCAUCGUCUUCGAUUACAUUUUCACUCAGCUAUCAUCAUUCAUAUCGUCGGAGAAGUCUCAAUCUCGAGGCAUCGUGCUCAUCUCUUUCGCUAGAAGUCCUUCGUCCACAGCUGAAUUGCUCAACACCAAAGGAACUGAUAUCGCCACAUCGCAUCAAUGGUUGAGUGUUUUGGAUUGUUAUACCGAUCCACUCGGUUGGAAAGCACAGCUCAAAGAGCGUGGAGCCAUUAAAACUCCAUCAACAGAAGCUUCAUUUAAUCUUAACUUAUGCAAAGAUGUGAGAAACUUGGAUGAUCUGUUCUCUCAAAUUCUUGUGUUGGGGAAAGGACUUAUUGGAGAAGGGAAAACUCGCUUCUCAGUUGCCAUAGACUCUGUAAGUGAGAUGUUAAGACACACAUCCUUAUCUUCAGUUUCUAGCCUUAUAAACAAUCUUCGAAGCCAUGCCCAAGUAUCAAGUAUCUUCUGGCUACUACAUUCUGAUCUCCAUGAUAUUAAAACCACUUCUGCAUUUGAAUACAUGUCUUCAAUGGUGGCCAAUGUAAAACCACUUUCUACAACAGCAAAUGCAGAACAAAAUUACAAAAAAGGACAAUUUCAUGCAUCUUUAAAACGCAGAAAUGGACGCGUUAGGGUUAUGGUUGAAGAGUUUUCCAAUGAGCAAUCACAAAUCAAAUUCACAUCUAUGAAUGCUGUGGAGAAUGCAAUCACUCAAAGCCUUGUUCCUAAGGUGCAAUUUAAUAUGCAGUUAUCAGAUAAAGAAAAAAGUGAUAGAGCAAAAGUUGUACUCCCAUUUGAGCAUCAAGAAAUGGAUAAAUCGGUUCAAAUAUAUGAUGGGAGGAAAUCUUUGACUGAGGUCAAACAUGAGUCAAAUGAUGAAAAAUUGCAAAAACAGGAGGAAAUUGAAAGGGGGGAGAUUAUUUAUUUUCGUGAUUCUGAUGAUGAGAUGCCUGAUUCUGAUGAGGACCCUGAUGAUGAUUUGGAUAUAUGAUUUUAUAAAAAUUUUAUAAAAACAAAUGAUUCACCCGUAGACAAUUUAGAUGAUUGUGCUUUUAUUUUUCAUAGUGUUGUAAAGAUCAAAUACCACAUCCGCACCUUGUUAAUUGUAGCAUUUAGCGUAAUUUUAUUCACA